CUGAACAGAAAUACGGACACGAACACGCCACGUCAUCCUAUUUCAGUUUCGCGCCAAUUCGCAAUCUCCCGCCUCGCCUGCUAUUAUAUCCCACCGCCCACAGCCGCCGUGGCAGAAGCAUUUGAUAUACUCCAAUUUGCAUAAAGCAACCGUCGGGAAAAGGAAAACCGUCGACUGAUACUCCGUCGUUCUCUAUGGGAAGCAAGGGUAAAAUGACAGACUAUGAGCGGCGGAGGCUGGAAAACAUAAAGCGAAAUGACGAAAUGCUGGCGGCGCUCAAGAUCCGCUCGAAGCUCAACGACCUCUCCACCGCUUCCGCCAAACGCAGCAGCAGCGGUGGGAGCAAGUCGUAUAAACGUAGUCCAGCAAAGAAGCCCAAAACUGAAACUCCGGUAGUACUGCGCCGGUCGCUUAGGGCACGUGGGGUGCCGCCUGAUGCUGCUACUGCGAAUGGCCUUGACGAUGAUGUUGAUAUCGAGAAGCAGAUUAACAAAUCCCAAACCAUGAAUUCCAACUCGGCGCCCAACGUAUCCCCUCGAAAGCAGGGGCCCAUUAGAAUGCACGAUUCAUACAUAGGUGAGGAUGGAUUGGACAACAAACUCUUAGAACUUGUUAAGGGAUGUUCUCGGGAAGGCCUACUGAAUGAGAGUGGUUCAGUUUCAUAUGAUUCCGUUGAUAAUAUUGAAGGCUGCAAGACUUCUAAAAUUGGAAAGAGUUCAUGGGGUCAUGUGGAGGAGUUGGAAUUGAAGCCUGAGAAUGUAGCACGGGUGGUUCCUGGGAGAAUUAUGAGUUUGAGGUUUUUCCCUACUCGGGACAUGCAAAUGGUUGCUGUUGGAAACAAAUUUGGAGAUAUCGGGUUUUGGCAUGUUAAUGGCAAGGAAGAGGAUGGUGAUGGAAUUUAUUUGUACCACCCACAUGCAGGGCCUGUUUCUGGAAUUGUGAUAGACCCGUUUUGCAUAUCAAAGAUGUAUAGCUCAUGCUACGAAGGUUUUAUCAGGAUGAUGGAUGUGGAGAAAGGGGUGUUUGAUAUGGUAUAUCAUAGUGAGUACUGUAUAUACUCUAUAUCACUAAGUCCCCGUGACGUGAAGUCCUUAUACUUUGGUGAGGGCAGGGGAGGAUUUCAUAAGUGGGAUGUGAGAACAGGAAAAUCUUCUUUGUCGUGCGAUUUACAUGGAGAUAGAAUCAACAGCAUAGACUUUAACUCAGAGACUGAGAAUAUCAUGGCUACAAGUUCCACUGAUGGCACUGCUUGUAUUUGGGAUCUGAGACUCAUGAACAAAGAUAAAACAACCCCGCUGAAGACCAUUAAUCAUAAAAGAGCUGUACAUUCUGCUUACUUUUCACCUUCAGGGAAGUUUCUAGCAACAACAAGCUACGAUGACAACGUUGGUUUGAUAAGUGGAGCUAAUUACGAGAACACUUCUAUGGUAUACCACUACAACCAAACAGGCAGAUGGUUGUCCACAUUCAGAGGCGUAUGGGGUUGGGACGACACAUCUAUCUACAUUGGAAACAUGAAGAGAGGAGUUGAUGUCAUUUCUGUUGGUGGGGAAAGAGUUGUUGCAACCUUACAAAGUGACAGCAUGUCGGCUAUUCCAUGCCGGUUUGAUCCACAUCUGUACAACGUAGGUGUGCUUGCAAGUGCCACAAGUGGAGGCCAGGUUUACAUUUGGACUCAGCCGUAACAAGAUGUUUAGUUGUUAGAAGAGACAUCGUUGUAUCAAACAAUGUCUGCAGUCAUGUGGAAAUAGUUUUGCUUGAGGAAAUUAUCCUUAUCCACACACGGGGCUUGUAACUAUGCAUUUCAGUGUCAAAUUUGUUUGGUUAUGAAUGUUAGAAAAGUUUUCUUCCCCUCAAA